AUUUGCUUUAGCAUGAUGUCAUCCCGGUAUGCAUUGCGACCAGACAUGUUGCUCAAUGCUAAACGUCGUCCCACAGUCUUCCAGUUUUUCCUGCUUGAGACAAACAUGCCACGCAAAGCGAGCCUCAUUCUGCUUGUCUGCUUUGCUAUCCCGGCAGUGUUUGCUGAUUAUUGUUCCGUUUAUGAAAAGUGCGAUGACGGAAGAAUCUGCUGUAACAACCAAUGCGUAUUUGCGAGUACAUGCCAAGGAUACAGAUGUAUUUUCGACUCAGAUUGUAACAAUGGCGGUUACUUGUCUUGCUGCGACGGAUUCUGCCAAUAUGACUGCUUCAACCCAGUACCAGCAAUCGUGGGAAGUCUCGUUGGAUUCGCCAUUCUUGUAGCCGUUAUAUCGCUGCUUGUCUACUUUUGUUGCCGGAGAAGGCGAGCUACUCAAGGAAGUGUUAUUACACCACCACAACAACGCAUCAUAACAACAACAACUACAAGCAGCUAUAACCCUCCGCAACCACCUCCAUAUCAGCAGCCUCCAGGAGUUUACCAAGGACCUCACCAGCCUCCCCCUUAUUGCCAGCCUCCCCCUGGAAACUACUCAGGAUAUGGGGCAAUGGAUCCAAGACAAGGGGGGGCUCAGCCACCCAUGGGACAAAACUUCGCACCACCUCCAUAUACUGCCGAACCUUCCAAGAAUAAUGGUCCACCUUAUCCAGUUUGAAUCAAAACAUGUAAAGACAUUUACAUCGUCACUAGCAGUACUGCAGGUUUAAAUAUUCUGCUAACUAUUGCUGAUGAUUUCCAACAGCUAAAUCCCCUUUCUGGCUUCUGUCACUCAAAAUCCUUGAAGUGAAUUCAUUGGCUAGCUCUGAAAUGGUUUCAAACCAUGCCACCUAUCAGCAAGGUACUGACCAAUCAAAAAAGCAUCAAAUGUAAUUCUGUUAGUUUGAAAAUGCAGUUUAGCUUUUGGAAAUUGCUGACAAGAGUUCACAGCAUAUUUAAAAUCAAAGUUAUAUAACAAAUAUUGCCAUGGCUAAAUUAGAUGGAUUGUUUUAUAGUUUCAAGCUUAUACUUGUUUUCAGUCAUACAUGCACCCCGUGCCUUUCAUUUAUGAGUCACAACUUUCUUAGGUGGAUAUGAAUCUUGACCUUUGAAUUCUUUCAAUUCUGCAUCUAUCACAUCUUUAGACCUAUCAUAACCAAAACAACUUCAAAGUUGAUUGCCUUGUUAACUACUGUUACUGAGAAAAUACUGAUGAACACAAAGUCAGCAAUUGAAUUAAGUUCUGUGAAAUGGCUCACUUCACCAAAAAAAAUUACAACUCGGAAAUGGAAAACACAAGCUGUAUGUUUGCCAUUUUGCUUGGCAAAUUAGGGACUUGAAAUAAUGCUUAUACAGAUUCUAGCAGCACUUAAGGUAGUUUUCUAUUUGAUCAUGCUUUGACAACAUACAUGUUACAACAUGAAGGCUUUUUGAUAAAAUUAAUAGCUAAUGGUGCAAAAAUUAAGUAGCCGAUAAUCAGCUUUUUAGCCUUUUAUAUUAUUGAUAUAUUUCUGAAAACAGUUUUCUAGAAAGAGUUAUCAGGAAAACCAGUUUGAAUCUAUCUGUGAAUGAGAAUGUACCCUAUUUUACUAUCUAUAGUUUUAAUAUAGUAUCACAAUUCCAGAGAAAAGAAAUGUAACAUUUAGUAUGUUGUAUAUUAGAGUAAAACGUGUCCAAGGGACACACCCCGCCCUUCUAGCAGCCAAAAAUACAGUAAAUGUAUGAUACAUUAUCUAAAAUGCAGAAGAAAAUGCCUUGAAAAGGCCACUGUUAAAUGUAUGUAAACCCCUAAAAUGUAGGGGAAAAGUACCAAAUAUAUAGUGUUACAUAAAAUUACAUUAUAGUUGAA